AUGCAGUUCUCAACUCUUAUUGGAACCGUAGCCAUUGUUGCUGGACUGGCUUCUGCCGCGCCCGCAACAGAGCAAUCCGCUGUCAAGGGUCGAAGAUGGCAGGAGUGCUACGACGUCGGGACGGAGUGCACAAACAUACUCGGCGGAAUCGGCGGUUGCACGUGCAACGUCGAGUACCUUCAUACUGGAUUUAACUGUGUUUGCAUUUGA